AUGGUGAAUGGAAAUUGUGCAGUUAUUGGUUGUACGAACAGUCGAUACAAACUCAAAAAUUGGGAGAAAAGUAGCUGCGAUGAACACUCAGGACAGCCACACAAAGAUUGUCCUUGUGCUCGCCCAUUUACACUACAUGUUUUUCCGAGCAUUAAGCUAAAUUUGGAGAAGAGAAAGGAGUGGACAAGACUAAUGCGCCGAACAAGAAAGGGGAACAAAGAGUGGACUCCUGGCCAGAGCGACAUGGUUUGUUCACGACAUUUCGUUGACGGGCGACCAACUCUGGCUAACCCUAACCCUUCUUUAGAUUUGGGUUAUGACAAACCAGCAAAAAGACCAAGAAGAACCUUGGUUAGAAGAGCUGCGGAGCCUCAACCAAGUUCUUCAACUGCUUGUGUUGCCGAUGAUGAUGAACACAAUAGGCCAAGGUCAGACCACGAGAUCUUCAAUGUCCUAGAAAGUCCUUGCAAUGAGGAGGGUUGCCAACCUUACGACUCAGGAACACCCUCGGUCAAGGAAUUAAUGGGAAAAAUUUCAGCCAUCACUAAAGAAAACAACGACCUCAAAGUGGCUGUUGAUAAGCUUUCUAGUGAGCUUGAAUCUUGCACUUUGGAGAAAAGGCAAGCUAAGUCACUGGGAAUGUCAGCAGAUUGCAUUAAAAUAGAUAGAAAGAUGAAGUUUUUCACUGGCAUUCAGACUGUAAAGAUGUUUCAUGCACUGUUUUCAGUUUUGAAGCCAUAUAUGCCAAAUUUGGUUCUUUGGAGAGGAUCAAAAACCAUAUUUUCUCACAAAGCCAAAACACAUGGACAGAAAAGAACAAAAACACAUAAACUGACAAAGAAAGAUCAAUUUUUGCUUGUAUUGAUGCGUUUAAGGCUUGGCUCACUACUUGAUGAUUUGGCAGAUAGAUUUAAGAUAUCUUCCUCAAGCUGCUCAAGAAUAUUUUGCACAUGGAUUCGAUUUUUGAGCACUGUGUUAGGAGGUGCAUUAAUUUCAUGGCUUCCAAGUGAAGUAAUACAGACAAAUUUGCCUCAUGCUUUCAAUGGAGCUCACAGCAAGACAAGAUGCAUCAUUGAUUGCACAGAGAUUUAUAUUGAAAGACCAAAAUCACUUGAUGACCAGGCAGCAACCUGGUCAGAUUAUAAGAAACAUAACACAAUAAAAUAUUUGAUUGGAAUUACUCCAUCUGGAUUUAUUUCCUUUGUCUCUAAUGGUUAUGGGGGAAGGGCUACUGACCAACACAUAUGUAGAGACAGUGGAUUUUAUAAUUUGCUAGAGUAUGGCAAUGAGAUUAUGGCAGAUCGUGGUUUUCAGAUAAGAGAUGAUCUGCUUCAUUUCUACUGUACUUUGUAUGUCCCACCUGGAGCAAGGGUCAAGUCUCAGAUGACAGAAAGGGAAUGCAAAAAAACUAAAGAGAUUGCCAACUUAAGAAUCCAUGUUGAGAGAGCAAUCAACCGAAUAAAAACUUUCAGGAUUUUAAAGAACACUUUACCACUUACAGUACUUCCAUUUGCUGAUGAUAUUAUGAGAACAUGUGCUGCAAUUUGUAAUAUUCAGCCACCUCUAAUUAAAGCUUAA